UUCGAAAUAAAAUUGUUUCAUGCUGAACACGCAGUAAAACAGUGUUACAAAGACGCGGACAUGUUUCCAGUGUUCUGUCGGUAUGCUCAAAUCAGCCUAUGGGAUAAAUAAAGUGUAUUCAUUCUGACCUAGCCGCGGGAAAUUAUAUUUGAAUUUUAUUGGACAGUUACAAAGGUCAGGUAAGGUGAAAAGCUGGCGUAUACAGCUACGCCAAAAAAACAUUCACAUGUUUACGCAGAUUUCAAAUAUAUCAUACGUGAAAUUGAUUUGUUGUUCUUAGGUAUAUUCAGUACAUCGUUCGCUGUACUGGAAUUUUUCUUACCAUGGUAUUGAAUGAUGUCUAGUGGGUCGAUCAAUGUGUGUGUACUACAUAUUACAGAACAGUAAUCAGAACGGGCAUUGUGUACACCAAGUACACAUCUACUGGCAUCUUCUUAUCUCUUAGUCCUGAAUUAUUUAUCUCUAGUUUGUAUGUCUAUAAAUUUAACACGCUUCCUUCACAAUUGUGUUACUUGUCCGUCGUGGAGUGCCCUCGUUGAAAUGUUAACCAGUGUGGCUUUCCUACUAAGCUGCCAUGGGCUGCUGGCUGUGGUGACAGCUGCAGACGUUCAUCUGUAUGUCAGUCCCACGGGCUCUGACCUCAACAACGGUAGAGAUGCAGCAACCCCCAUCAAAACGAUACAACAUGCGAUUGCAAGCCUCAUUGGAGCUCAGUAUUCCACGGCCUACAUCGAGUUACUGAAAGGUCAUCACGAUCUUGCUGCAACGUUGCAGAUUAACGUCAGUAACGUCGUCAUACGUUCGUAUCAACGGCAGGCUGUAUACGUGACGGGCGGUAAACCAAUCGAAAGCCGGAAUUUUAAGCACAUAACCGACCACGACGUUCUUGCCAAGUUGCCACCCAAUGCACGACAGCACAUCCGAGUGGUACAUUUGCCUGAUGUGGGUAUCACUAACUACGGAACAAUUCAAGAGUUCGGAUUUAACGGACUUCAAAACCCAGCGCAGAUAGAAGUGUUCUACAAUGGGAAACCGCUUCACGUUGCACAGUGGCCAAAUGAGGGUUUCAUCAACAUAAUUGAGGUUCCGGACGGUCCUAACGGUACCAGGUUCCGGUACAACUCGUCGGUACCAGCGAGAUGGGCCAAAGAGACGGACUUGUGGGUAUACGGCUAUUGGUACUGGAGUUGGGCGGACAGGUCGGUGAAGGUUGCAAGUCUUAAUGCCUCGACGAACACCGUGACUGUGGUAAAGAACCCACUGUACGGACUUAGGAUUGGUCAUUUUGGAGGGCCUCUAGAACAAGUUCGCAGUGAUGAUCAAGGAGGCUAUUUCCGCUUCUACAACGUGUUCUCGGAGCUGGACCAGCCUGGGGAAUAUUACAUGGACAAGAACUCUGGUAAUCUCUACGUGUGGAUGCCAAAUAAAGACGGUAACAUCAAUUCCUCUGACAUCACUUACGUCUCCCUAAUAAACGACUGUAUCAAUAUAGUUCAAAAUGUUCACCAAAUAACAUUGACCGACUUCACCCUCGAGGCAUGUCGAGGCCACGGGAUCUACGGUGUAAACGUGCACGACAUUCAGAUACAAAACAUGGAGAUCAGAAACACGGGUUUAACAGGUGCUAUGUUGACUGGAGACAGUCGUGACGUCACAAUCACACAGUGUAUGAUUCAUGACGUAGGAGGUGGCAUUUUUCUAUCCGGCGGUAAUCGCGCGCUUCUCGAGUCGUCUGGAGCAGUGAUUGAGAACAACGAGAUAUACGACUUUUCUCGCCUUGGGGCCGUUGGUUACCACGCAAUGGCUCUUUACGGUGUGGGACAUUUGAUCAGGCACAACACAAUUUACAACGGACAGUACACUGGGAUCUGGUAUAUGGGCAAUGACAUAGUUAUGGAAUACAACCACGUUCACCACACGUGCGUGAACUCAUCCGACUGUGGGGCUCUGCACACCGGUAGAGACUGGACAACGCGCGGGAAUAUAAUACGCUACAACCUCGUGACAGACACACUUAGACUGGUCCCUGGAUCGAAUGUUCGGGGUGUCAUGUUGGAUGACCAGUCUUCAAGUACCACCAUUGUGAACAACGUAUUCUACAAUAACGACGUCCAUGUGAACAUAGGUGGCGGGCGGGACAAUAUUGUAUCAAACAAUGUGUUUUAUGACGCCAAACGAUACAGUAUGCAGGUAGACGGAAGGGGCGUUGUCCAUGAAAACGACCGAGAUCUUUUGCAUAGACUACACCAAAUACCAUACAAUUCCACGCUCUGGACAAUGCGGUACCCGGAACUUGCAAUAAUCGAGCAGCGCAACAAAAGCCUUCCGGAAGGUAACCAAAUACACAAUAAUGUUGUAUAUAAUACUGGAAAAGUGGGAUAUAUACCUACAAAGAAAGGAUCGUUGGACGACAUUAAGCUGUUUAAUGUGACCGACACGAUAACAGCCUCUGGAAGUACGGACUUCUAUGACGUUGCAAACUCCGACUUCCGGUUACGGUGUUUUGCCAAGGACUACGCCAACGAGGUGGGCUUUGUACAGGCGCUACCCCCUAGCGAAUACGGCUGCAAAUUGCGUGUCGGACCAGUGCACCUAAACAGAGUGCCCGCAACUCUGAGUUCGAACCCGGCCACAGCCCCCUGUACCACAAAGGCGCCUCUGACCACAUUGCCGGCUCCUGCAUAUAUCCCUGAUGGAGCUCGAACUAACCACCUGUACAACGUCUCCGACUCAGGUUGCUGGCUUGUCGUGUCAAAAUGCACGGCACACCCGAACGCCACUGGCACACACCGCGACACGCAUGCGCACUCAGACGACAACGAGACCGCGUGCUUCCAACGUGCUGUGCAUCAAUGGCACGACUGUGGUAGCCAUGAUAACGAACAAGUUGUGGCAAUAUAUGGACCUUCCGGCGCGAUGACACUGGCGGGUGACGGGUGUUUCAUGUCGAGAUAUGGGUGCCCAAACCACGGGGGCCCAGCAGACGGUCACUUGCUUACAACCGGAAUUAUAUACCGGGACACAUACGCGGAGAGUCACGGGGGUGCCAAUAGCGAAGAGUCAUGUUUGAGCAGGGCACAUGGGACGUGGACUUACUGCGGAUCUUUUGCAAACCAUCCCGUGACAUCUAUUUACAGACCAACAGGUGCUCUUAGGACAUCAGGUGCCGGAUGUUGGAUCCACGCCCAGCAGUGCGACAUGAUCCCUAAACCUCGCAGUAUGUUCUACGACGCUUGGGGAGCAGCGAAUCUGCAUACCGAUGACGUCGAAGAUGUGUGUCUACACCAGGCCGUCUAUUACUGGAAGAAGUGCGGCUCGAAAACCGCCUACCCAGUCACAGCAUACUUCCGGCCCACCACUGCCAGCCGCACAUACCCGGCGACUGCAUAGACCACAACACAUGAAACAACUUUGUCUUAAAUAAACAGCUAACUUGAAUACGUUUUUUGAAAAUCGUUUGAUUUUGUUUGCAAAUAUAAUCCCCACUUUCAGUAAAAAUGUAAAAAUGGUAAAA